AAAGCUUAACUGAAACUUUUGUCACUUUGUGAGAAGAGAAUGCAGCUCUGAUUACCCUCAUACAUGGUGACUGGUCUUGGGUCUUUGGUCUCAAAGUCCAGCAAGGGUCCAGCCAUGGAUUCCAGCAGACAGACAAAAAUCCCAUCUUGUCGAAAACUCCUUCUCUUAGUCAUCUUCCAGAUCAUAAUCAGCACAGUAUUCUUUGUUAACAUCAGAAAUUUCAGGAGUGCAGACUCUACACUUCUACAUUCCUAUAAGUUACUCCCUGCAAAUUAUGCUGUCAUUGAGAAGGACACCCCGAAGCUCAUCAUCCUGCUGUGGACAUGGCCAUUUGGGGUGCGUUUUACCAUCAAAAAGUGUUCCCAAAUCCUGGGCAUCCCCGAUUGCCACAUGACAGCUGAUCGCAGCUGGUACCACAAAGCCCACGUGGUUAUCAUUCACCAUCGAGAUGUGUGUUCUAGUCCAGGUCAGCUGCCCCAUGGGCCAAGGCCACCUUUUCAACGCUGGAUCUGGUUCAAUCUGGAAUCUCCCAGCAAUUCCCCCAACUUGGUCUUCAUGGACAAUCAAUUCAACCUCACCAUGUCCUACCGGAGAGACUCAGAUAUCUUUACACCCUAUGGAUGGCUGGAACUCCUCACCAAGCCACAGAAUGUUACCAUUCCACCCAAGUCCAAGCUGGUGGCCUGGGUCAUCAGUAACUGGAACCCAGCCUCCCACCGUGUGAAAUACUACGAGGAGUUGAAAAAAUACAUCCCAGUGGAUGUGUAUGGACGAGGCCACUUGCCUCUGCCUUGGGACCAGCAUCUGACCACUUUAUCCCAGUAUAAGUUUUACUUGGCCUUUGAGAACUCCAUCCAUGAGGACUACAUCACUGAGAAACUCUGGACAAUCUCCUUGCUCUCGCAAGCUGUCCCUGUGGUCUGUGGACCACCACGGAAAAACUAUGAGCGUUAUCUGCCCCCGGAUGCCUUCAUUCAUAUUGAUGACUUCCCAACUGCAAAAGUGUUGGCCAACUUCUUAAAAGAACUGGACAAGGAUGCAACACGGUACCAAAGUUACUUUCAGUGGCGGAUGUGGUUAAAACCCAUUAGAGACAUUUCCUGGAUCAAUCACUACUGCAAAGCAUGUCAGGCUUUACAGGCAACCUCAAUCCAAUUCAAGACUGUCCCAGAGUUGAGCAAAUGGUUCAAGUGAAUAGAAGACCUAUUGUGUUGAACUUGACAUUAUGAAAAGGGCAACACAUUUUAGUCAUCAACAGUUGAUAUGCUAACACUUAAACAAGAGCGCUAACAGAGAGCUAAUAGACGGUGGUAGAAGAGUGGGGGGUGGAUUGAUGAGAGACCUGGUUGUGACUGCAGUGUUUUCAGCUUUCCUAACUCACGUUUUCCAGGAAGAGGAAGGUGUGGAGGAAGUAUUCACAGGGGUGUUCCGCAAGGCAUAAAACAUUUGCAAUGGUCUGAGAACAAACCUGGCUAACUCUUCUCCCCCCCAAAUAAUGUGAGAAUUGUACAAAAAUUGUAGGUAGCCAUCUUGGCAUAUUAGGAAAAAAGUCCAAACUCUA